GCUAGUGCGUCGCCGCUUCGACCUGCCUUUCCCUUCGCCUCUUUAACUUGACUGCGUUGCGUUUUCGCCGAAAGCAACAACGAAAAUGUGCGCGACGAACUUUAACGUCUAUCGGCAUUGAAUUGUGCGGAUCGAGCAAGAAAUAUCACGAAUUCAAACGUUCCCGUGCCGUUAUCGUCGGGUUUCCGCGUUUUUUUGUCACCGUGACUCGUCGCGUCCUUGUCGUUCCCAUUCCGCGCUCGUGCACGUCAUCUUUGUCGCACCAACGCGCGCGCGAGUUCACCGUGCGGGAAGCGUACAAGGUACGAGAGCGAGAAAGAGGGUCCUCUCUACCAACGAGCGACCGGGUUCGAUGCGCAGUCGCCAGGUGAGGCAACAACGACGUGUGCGCGCAACGGUCGGCCGGUUGUUGGCCAGUGUUGCACGAAACCUUGCCACUCGCGACGGCGGUCUCGUCGAUAGACAGAGUCGCGGAGAAACGAUUUACUCGCGGGUGCUGGCCGUUCGCGGAGUUAUCGUACGAUACCUGCGCAAACGUGGCGCACGGAUACGUACGUGUGCAUCAAUCAACACGCGAUCUGGAUCCAACGGUCGUCGAUCGAUCCAUAACCUCAAACCAUCGCGGUAAAUAGGCGAUAUGUCGCGCCAGGAUACCGAAAGUCUGUGAAGUUAGCGUAGUGCGACCGGUUCAGGUGAGGUCGUAGGUAGAGGCCGACCUCUUGGCGUACCAGGACACGGUAACGUGCUUCUGUUCGUUCGUGUCCACCGUGAAGUGUGAACCUCCGUCGACAGGUUCAGGUGUACGUUGCUCCAGCAGUGCCCCGAACGGAACGGGUGGAACGGGAAAGGUAACCCUGGUAAAGAUGCAGACCACGGGCGCGAGGGGACCGUCUCACCUGGUUGCCCUUUACGUGGCGACUGCUGGUCUCCAGGGUAAUGCUCUCGGCUCCGACGAAGAGGAGAUCACGCUGCUGGUUUACGUGCUCGUCGACGUGCUACAGAACAAGGUGUUGGGAAGACAACAAUACAUUGUACGACCGAUGGUAAUGGAUGAAAGUUGUACACCUGGAACCGGUAGCGACAAUCCGGCGGUCGCCGGAAGUAGCGGAGUUAUCAGCGAAGCAGCACUGACGCAUGCUCCGGCGUUAACUGAAAAAACGGUUCGAGAACACGGGAUUCCUUUGGAGCAAGCCAUCGAGCAGUUCGAAGCAUGGUGGUCUUCCAUGUCCUGCGUGACGUCUGGUUCCACACCACGAUUCGUCGUAGACGGUCAGGCGCCGUUAAGACAAUGCUUGCACCCAGAGGCCUGCAACAAAGACAUCGAGCUACCAGAACACUACAACUUCUUUCACGAUCUCCGCAAGGAAUUCGUCGCCUGUUAUUCCACCCACGGAGAGCUUUCGACCUUUGGAAUACAGGAGAUGCUGGAAUAUUUCGGUCUACCGUCCGAUACGGAAAACGAUUAUCACGUGAAGGAGAUACAGGACAUGAUCAGCGUAAUACAAAGAAUGAUCAAAGAUGGUCACGUUUUCCAAACUCCCGAAGUAAUUAACAUUAUUUUAGAACCUGGUAUAUGCUCAAAAGAUGAAGAAGUUGACAAUGGCUGUGUAGUAAGAGCACGAGGUCUUCCUUGGCAAUCGUCUGAUCAGGACAUAGCAAAAUUUUUUCGUGGCUUAAAUGUUGCCAAGGGUGGUGUAGCUCUGUGUUUAAGUCCUAUGGGAAGACGUAACGGAGAAGCAUUAGUACGAUUUGUUAAUAAAGAACACAGAGACAUGGCUUUAAAAAGACAUAAACAUCAUAUGGGUGGACGAUACAUAGAAGUUUACAAGGCUUCUGGAGAAGACUUUGUUGGUGUUGCUGGUGGUACAAGCGGGGAGGCUCAUGCAUUUUUGUCACGAGGAGCACAAGUUAUUGUUAGAAUGAGAGGCUUGCCGUACGAUUGUGUUGCUAAACAAGUGCUGGAUUUCUUUUUGUCAGGACAAAAGCCUUGUCAUGUGUUAGAUGGGGAGGAUGGAGUUCUAUUCGUCAAGAAACCAGAUGGGAGAGCGACUGGAGACGCUUUCGUUCUUUUUGCGAAAGAAGAAGAUGCCGUAAAGGCAUUGAGCAAACACAGAGAUUGUAUUGGUAGUCGGUAUAUUGAACUUUUUCGCAGUACAAUUGCCGAGGUGCAACAGGUCUUGAAUAGGGCGAUUGACCCGAAACAGGUUGUGCUUCCGACGCCACCCAUUCCACAGCUUCCCCCAAUACUUCCACAACAUAUCAUUACGUCCGGUACCCGUAAAGAUUGCGUUCGAUUGCGCGGUCUUCCUUACGAAGCUCUCGUAGAGCAUAUUCUCGAGUUUAUGGGCGAGCAUUCUAAGAAUAUUGUUUAUCAAGGUGUUCAUAUGGUUUAUAACGCUCAAGGUCAGCCUUCCGGGGAGGCGUUUAUUCAAAUGGACAGCGAAAGUUCGGCAUUCGCAUGCGCGUCGCAACGACAUCAUCGAUACAUGAUAUAUGGAAAGAAGCAACGUUACAUCGAAGUGUUCCAGUGCAGCGGGGACGAUAUGAAUCUGGUAUUGACAGGUGCGGUAACUCAACCGUCAACCAAGGCUCUGCUAUCACCCGGAGGCACGAUGUUGCCACCACCGCCGGUCGCGAUAUUUCCACCUGCGGCUGCGAUGCUACCGCGCGGACCACCACAGUUUGCGGCACCCUAUCCGCCUCCAAUUUUUUACUGGCCUUACCCCUCGCCGCCGGUCAGCCCGACUAAUUAUUAUAAUCCGGCGAACGUUGGUGGUAUCGCGGCGAUUCCCCAGCAAGCAGCGUUGUUAACCCCGGCAGAGUGUCUGCAACUCGCACCCGGGGCGACAGUGCCCACCGCUAACACACCAACGGCAGAAUCACGUAUCGACACAUUCCUGCCGCGAAUGGAACUGGAGAAACGCGUACCUGUUUCUGCACCCCCGCAAGCGGAAUGCAGCCCAUUCGUCGAGGUUUUCAUGGUUUGAUGAUCAUGCGCGUGAAAACUCGUACGGCGAAUCCGCUAUACGUGCGCGCUUGCCUCGCUGUUGAUAUUUGACGGAGUCGAGCCAAGCGCCCGUAAACUAUAACCUCGCACGACAGAAACUUAACGUUACGUCUUUCCUGCUCUUUGCUCGUACGAUCGGGGGGACGUUGUCUCGACACCAUCGUACCGAUCAGAGCGCGUCGCGGCCAUUGACGGGAGGCCACGGGCGGGGAUAUCCACCGCGACACGAUUUCACGAUCCUCAUCCACGAAUAAAGCUUCCCUUUCAAAUCGAACGUGUCGCCGGGUGUCACGUUUCUUUCUAGUCUAGAGACAGAUGCAAGUCGUCGUAGCAUAGCGCAGUGACGUCGUUUCUUUCUCGUCGUUCGUUUCAGUAGCCUUGAGAGAGUACACGCGCGGCGCGUUCUCUAUUCUCCUUUGAUCCUCGUUAUUCCUGAGUCCCAGUUCUACGCCCUCUCUAUUAGGUCAUAUCGGUAAGCAGUACGCGUAUAUUCGAUCUUUUCAAAAAAGGAUAACACGGAGCAAUUUAUUUACAGCCGUCGAUCCAUCGAUAGCGGCUGUUCCCUAAUUUGUCUUGUUUCGUUCUUUCCCGAAAAGAGAAAAGUACUCGCCUUUACUUAUGAGAUUUACGUGAACACGUUUCUCCGCUCUGCGUCCGAGCAUCAAAGCGUUGCAUGGUCCGUUCCGGGAGCAAAGAGUCAACCGAUAAUUGAACAGUUAUCUGGUUGUCUUGGUAUCGGUAAUACGUACGUUUUAGAAGUAGCAGACGUUGAUCGUUCCGUGUAGGACCUCUAAAGUAACGAUCGCGGCGUGCGGUUCGUAGUAAUCGCCCUCGCCAGUAGAUGAUCAUUUUCUCAAAAUUGCCGUCGAAAUAAUAUUUAAUGCCACUUAAGAGCAGUGACAGGGGUGCAGCUAAAAGGUCCUGUUGGCCAUCCUGAAUUGGCAAGAAAUGGCGGUGAAACAUAGAAAAUAAUUUAUUCGAUCAACUAAUGGCGAGGCAAACCAACCCGGAAUCCGUUUAUCUGACACGCGACGACUAGCUUUUAUUUUGUACAGACGUAUAUUAUGCAACGUUUCUUACCGAACUCGUCGGACCCAGGGCUAGGGCUACUUGAAUUUUUCUGCAUUCGGAUACACGAAUUACGCCGGGUAUAUUCAUUCGGGACAUUCUAUUGAUUUUUGUUAAGUUUAAUUAACAUUCUAUACAUUUUUGUUACGAUAAAGAGAAUUUAAUAUAUUUAUAGAAAAUAGUAUACAAAGCCUUGUCAGCGAAAGGAGUAGCAAGAAUGAAAAACUGAUACUUGCGUGGUGAUUUUUGAAUACUUGAAUAUUCGAAGUUUGUUCGCGGACAUUCCGAAUGCUUGUAAAAUAUUCGAACAAUCCUAGCUCUGAUCGGACCCACGUUGACUCUUUCUCAGCAUGACCGCGCGAACAAUCGUCGUCGUUGACAUGAAUUAACGCGCAAUGGCGCUUUUACCGUAGGACUUUUACUUAAUUUAAUUUAAAGUUUUAAUAUGAAAAUUUAAUAUAUACCCUGUCGAGCAUCGUUGCUCGAACGAUAACAUUUAUUAUCGUUGAUUCGCUAUAUGUUUAAAUACAUUGUGUAUCGAUCUAAAGUAAUUAUUAUUCGACUGUAAAGCGUCGUCUGACGCUGGACUACCGGACUCGUCGGUUCGCUCGAAUCGUUGUAGAACGGUGCAAAUCGCGUUGCCAGUGCAUCGUGAUUUUUUUUUCGCGUCGGGACACGCCACGUAACAGCAAACAUUACGAACGUCUUCCGUUAGUAUGUUACUCCUUCGGGCCAAUUUUUAAUCGUCGAUUCGCGCAUACGAUCGAUCUCGCCGUGUGCAUCUCGAUGCACGCUUAGAUCAAGGUUUUUACAAGAGUUACGCGACAUACAAAGUUGUCCAGUGGUUCGAGGAAUAACCAAAAAGGGACAAUUCUCUGGUUGAAAAACCCACUUACCAUAAAAAAAUUAAGAAAUUAGAACUGGGAUAAAAAGAUAAGUUUUUUUCUCGAAUAUACUUGUACAACGAUUACAAUCAAUGCCGAGUACAAACAAAGUCUAUUCCAUAUUUACAACUUAUUUUUGCACGAGAAAUCACCCUUUUCGGUUAUACCGUGUAUUAUCUAUACACCCUGUGCAAGUUGAUAAGAGAUAUGUUGGUAACCUUUUGGGGUCAAGAGCGUGAACGCCAGAGAUGAACUGAUCGCUCAAUCACGUAAUUAGUUCGUACGUAUUUAUGAAAAACAGUUCUUUUCUCGAGCGUUUUUUUUUUUUUUUUUUUCUUUUCACGCACGAUUUCUCGAUCUUACUUUCCCUCGCUGGAGCUAUUUACUCUCGUUAAGCCUCCCUCCCCCCUUCUCAGAAAAUACAUUCAUAUCUUUCGUAGCUAAUUUUUAAUCGUGUAACGAUAUUACGUAGUCGAACGAGUGUCUGCGAUGCGUGUACAAAGCGCUGAUAAAACGUGUGCGUGUGGUUCAUGUACGAUCGCGUAGUUGUCGCCUAGCAUCUAUAAAUCCGAGUGAGGAGAGGGAUGGGGAAAGAGAUGAAUUACAGAUACUUCGUAUAAAAGAAAAACAAUUCGAGCCAGGGACAUUUUUCUCCGAUAACUUGGAAAUCAUGUUCCUUCUCGCUGUUCCUGUUACUGCUAACGGCGCUCGUGUACAAAAAAGGUGCAAUUUUAGAUAUAAAGAACGAGGAUGGCGCUCGAGGAGCCACGGGCUCGUUCUAUCAAUAGAAAUUAAGAAUUACAUUCGAUAAAAUACUUAAUAUUUCUUGCGAUGCGAACAUAUUAUACAUAUAUGCAAAUUAUACGAAUAAUAGAUAUACAUAUACGUCCUUAAUGAAUAUUAUUACAGCUAGGUUUCGACAUGAGCUUGGAUUAAUCGAUAAUCGUUAAUCGAUGUUAUGAGUGUUGUUAAUAAUUGCCAAAAAAAAGUUGAGCGUACGUUCCUGGUCUAAAAAGUACGAAGUAACAUCGUGUAUGUUUCUGCUUUCGAUUGAACGAAUAUAGUUUCCCGUCUAAUAUUCGAAGCGUAAAACGUUGAGAGAGAGUGAAAGGUUAUUACACUGGGCGAGACAGGUAAUACGAGGUUCGAUCGAUAACUAUCGAGACAUUUUCGACUACCACGACUAUCGAACUCUCGAUUCAAACGUACCUGAAGUUUUUUUUCAUUGAACGUACGCGCCAGAAACCGUUACUGAUACGCAGUUCGUUAUAUUUUAUCCAACGAUUCUUGUCGACGAAGCGUAAUGAAAAUGUGACGAGACGAUUCGAAAAGUACGAGUGCUCCGAGUUGAUGUUAUCUCUCGUAAGUAGACGAGUUCGUUCGUUUAAGUUUUACUUAUAAUAAGUAUGUUAAAGUAUAGGCGCAAACAGUGCUACGUGUUAACGAGCGCAACGAACAAAUCACAUUCGUUUGUACUGUUUCUCGUUGCUGUACCUGCUGUCUCGUACAAUUUGUGCAAUAAUUUUCCUUCUGUUUUUGUUGUUGUAACGUGCGUAAUAGGGAUCAAACGAAUGAGCUUUCCGUACCCGUGGUACAUCAAAGGAAUCGAUCAAAAGUAAUACAUUUCCAGAAAAAAGUACUGCCUCGUUGACAAAGUCUGUUCGAAUAAUUUUGCUCCAGUUUUGUUUCUUUUUAGCAUCUACCGCGUCCCAAGUUUUAUGAGAUUUUCUUUUCUGCAUACAGUCUACACGUCACAGUUCCUUUUCUCUUCCCCAUACAGAUAAAUAUUAUAUUUUCCACCAGGAACUUCUGAUUUUAUAAUUGUUGUUCCUGACUACACGCCCUACGAGGAUAGUUCCUAACUAAAGAUGUUCUCCCGGUAGUCAGGAUAGUUUCUCGCGAAAUUAACAAAGAAUCUACACGAUAUGAAAGUACCGACAGCGUGUAUGUACAUUUUCAUUCCGUAACUUCGAGAAAGUCUGGAGCAAAAUAUUUGGAUGAUAUUUGCAAAUUGAACAAAAUCAUUACGUGGCUAAUGGGAAUCUGGCAAUUCGAUCUCGGCGUUGACUCUCCUAUUUGUGUUAGCUUAACAGAAAAUUGUACAUAUUACACAUUCGCAAUUUUACUUUUAUGAGAUUGCAGUGUUUGGAUGAAAAAAAGAAAAGAAAAAAAUAUCGCUUUCAAAAGGGGCGAAACGAGCAGAGCCUUUUUAUUUGUACGUGAGCAACGUUGCGAGCACACAGAGAGCUUUAUUAAAAUACGAAAAUAUAAAAAU